AUGGAGGAGGCAUCAUCAAAAGAGGACGAGAGCUACUUAAAGCUAAUUAAAUUCUCGAAUAAUGUUGAGCAAAAAAAUAAUGAAGAAAUUGAAAUUUUAGAAGUUUGCAUGGAAAAAUCUAUUAACUUAAACAUAUUUGAAUCUUUUGUAAAUAUAAAAGAACUAUAUUUAGUAAAAAAUAAUAUCACUGAUAUAACUCCUCUUUUUAAAUGCACGAAAUUGACCGUAUUAUUUUUGCAAAUUAAUAAAAUAAGGAGUAUUCUAGGAAUAGAAAAGUUAAGAAGGCUUGAGAAAUUAAGCUUGUUUAACAACGAAUUAACUGAGCAAUUUAUAAAAAUUGACGAAAAUAAAAAUUUAGAAUAUAUAGAUUUGAGCGAUAAUAAUAUAGAAAAUAUAGAUUUUUUCCUGAACACCAAAUCUUUUACACACAUCAAUUUAGCUAACAACAAUAUAAAAAGUAUACACUCCUUGAAGAAUAAUUUCAACUUGCAUUAUUUAAACAUAAGUGGAAACAAAUUUGAAAAAUUCGAAGAUGUUGAGGCACUUCAUUAUCUAAAAAAUAUCAAAGAACUAUACUUAAGCUCAAUAUACUAUAGGAGUAAUGUAUUGGUGAAGAGCAUACUGUACAAACAUUUCUUUUUUAAUAAUUUUCCUAAUUUACAAAUUUUAGACCACGAAAGAAUUGGAAACAACAGCAGAAAAUUAACUGUUAGAGAUAUGGAUAUUCUAAGGAGUAUAAUCGACUUCAAAAUAAACUUUGUGGAGGAAAAAUACAAGAAAGAAAAAUACUACAUUUUAUUUAUUAAUAACAAGAAUGUAUCAUAUAUAAAUGAGACUCUAAAGCCAUUUCAUUUUUACUACAAUAUGGAAGAAUUUUCCCUCAACAAUAAUGAGAAUAUGCAGCUGGGCUCUAUGUCUGAGUUAAAGCAGGAAAUAAAUUUUCUACUCAGUGCGUACACUGCUAGGUUUAACUACAUAAUGCGCAGGCUAAAAGAGGAAAGAAAUCUACAAAUAAAAUAUAUUAGAACGUCCAUAAAUUCGUACUUCAACAUUUUUUUCAAAGCUAUAAAUAUGGAACACGAAGACUACAAAAAGAUUGAAGAUUUGAUUAAAUUAAAUUUCAGUUCAGAAUCUUUGAAAACUUAUUUUGUAGAUAACAUAAAAAUUGAAAAUAUAAUAAAAGUAAAAAAACUGAGUCAUGGGAAUCUGGACACAUUAAUAGAAGAGCACUUGAACAGCUUAAUUUAUGAGAAAAAUUUGCUGUUUCUACACCCAUACAACUACUGUAAAAUCAAUGAGUUCUUUGAAUUUGACGACAAGGAGCAAAGAACUGAUGAUUUUGAAAAAAAAAAAUUUUUUGAAAAAAAUUAUAUCUGUUCCUGUUACAACAUUAAUCAUAUUUUAAAAACUUUGAUAAGAUUGUUUCUGGAGAAUGAUAUGAAGGAUGACUUAGUGCAUCUUAUAUACUACAAAAACAAAAAUAAAGAAAAUUUUUUAAAUAUAAAAAAUAAUAUAGACAUAAAAAAGAAAAUUGUAAGAGGUAAAAAAUUUGAUUUCCCUGUAUUUCCUAUAUAUGUUAUUGAAAAUUAUUUCUUUCCCGACGAGUAUAAAGAAGUUACUGCUUACAGCACACAAAAUAGCAGCAAAGCGACAAAUAGGGGAAAGGAAAAGAGGGAAGUGCGAAAGAUGGAAGGAGUAGAAGUGGAAGAAGCAGAAGUAGACGAAAUGAAUGAAGCAGAUGAAGCAGCAGCGGAUGAAGCAGAAUUGGGGAACGCGAAAAAGAAGAAGGAAACAAAAUUUAAAAUUUACUACACGUUACCAAAACAUACCAAUUUAAAAUACAUCAUAAACGUAAGUGUUCUGAAUAAAAGCAAAGAAAAAAAUUGCGAGAGGAGUGAUACAAGUAAGAUAAGAAGUAAUCCUAUAGGAAAUAAAGGAAAAAAUAUAAAAAGAAAAAAAGAUAAUUUUUUAAAUUAUACAAGUAAAAGUGAAACCAGUACAAAUAUAAUUUGCCCUAGUGAAAAGAUAAUUAAAGAAGACUUCCUUCAUUUCAUUUUAGACUUUGAUUCCAUAAACCUUUUUAAUGUAACCAAAUAUUUUAUUAAGUUAAGUAAAGUAAUAUGUGAAAUAAGGAAAAAUAUAUCAUCUCUCCUUUUGUCUCGAUAUAAUAAAGUAAAGGUCUUACAACUGCAUGACAAUGAUAAUAAACAUUUUAAUGAAAAUUUUGAAAUAAAUACGUACGAAGAUUUAGAAACGUUACUGAAAAAGAGGAACAAUGAAUUAGUUUAUUCGAAUGAGGGGGGCUCCUCAACGGAAAAGAGCCUUUUCCAUCUUGACGGGAUACAAAAAGGGGGGAACACCACGAGCAGCAAGUGCGAGACGAACUAUAUGAGCAGUCAUAACAGCACAAACGACAUGAACGAUUCUAACAACUCAGGAAACAUGAACAAUAUGAACUCUCUGGAUGUUCAUAACUGUCAGUACAACGGAAACUCCCUACAUCUGAACAACCUUCACAUAAGCAAAAUGAGCUUAAAAGCUCUACAUAAUAACUGCACCAAUUUAAAAGAGAUAUAUAUAAAAAAUAAUAAUAUAAGUAACCUAAAUACGUUUUUCCAGUGCAUUGAAUAUGAUUUGGACUCAUUACUAUAUCUAGAUCUAUCUUUUAAUUGCAUCUCGGAUUUGACUCCUAUAUAUACAAAAUUUAAGAACUUAAAAUAUUUCAAUAUUUCAUUUAAUUAUAUUUAUGAUUACAAACAAAUAAUGAAUUUUAGUGUACACCAUAAACAUAUUGAGGUUUUAUCAAUUAUGAACAAUUCUAUCUAUAUAAAACAGACACAUUAUUCAAGCAUCCACCUUCUCUUUCCUUGUAUAAAAACAUUUAAUGGAGUAAUCAUAACAUCAAAAGAGAAGUUUAGUCUUAGUGACUACACCUUUGUCACACCCAGAGGAGAGUAUUAUUUUGAUGACGAUUUCUUGAAUACUCGUAAGGACUUCCACCGCUUCUGCAUUGUGAUAAGUGUUAUACAGUCAGUGAUAGUAGUAUAUGUAACUAGCUAUGAUGCAUGGAAUAGAAAGAUGAAGGAAAUGGAGGAAAUGGAGGAAAUUAAGAAAAUGAAUAACGCAAAUGGCGCUAAUAACUCGUUAGAUGGCUGCCCACCUAACGUGUGCAAAGAAAUAAAAUCAAGAACCUACCAGUGGUACGUGAACGAAAUAAACUUAUCUGAUUUGUAUGUAGUGCAUUUGAACUUCUUUGAUUUUUCUGCAUUUAAAAAUUUGAAAAUACUUAACUUGUCAAAUAAUGGGAUAGUAAAUAUGAGUAACUUAAAAUUACCCAAAGGGCUGAAAGUUUUGAAUUUAAAAAAUAAUAAAAUAUCAUGCUUAGAUUUUUUAACAGAUGAAUUAGAAUUAGAAAAGAUCAUACUAGACAAUAAUGACUUAAAAAAUGCUGAUAAAAUUUGUUUAUUAAAAAAUUUAAAAAUAUUAAGAUGUUCCUAUAAUAAGCUAACUAAUAUACCAUUACUACAAAAUUUGCACUUGGUAGAAAUUAAUAUGCACAAUAAUUUAAUUAAAGAUAUAACUCAUUUGGUUUUAUUCAAAUAUAAAAAGUCAGUUAUUUCUAUAAACCUAUAUAACAAUAAAAUUAAUUUCUUAAACCUAGAUCUAUACCUUGUACACAUUUUCCCAAAUUUACUAAUAUUAAAUAAUAGCUAUAUUGAGAGAAAAGAAAAUAUAGAAAAAUAUUUUAAAAAUAUAUAUACGCUUGAUGUAUUUUUUGAUAUAUAUAAUAUGUACCCUCCUUAUACCUCUUUGCACUCAUUGGAGAUAAAAAACCUUAAAAUUAAAAACAUCCUUUUUGAUAUUAACAAUGAUAAUUUCAAGAAUUUAAAGUUUUUGAAUAUUUCUAAUAAUUACCUGAACAAUAUUAACAACAUAGGUCCUCUGGAUAAUCUGAAGGUUUUAAUCUUAAACAAUAACAAGCACAUAAACGAAAACUCAUUCAUAGGAGAAAACGACAGGAAUGUAUUAAACUCGUUUGAGUCUCUGGAGGAACUAGAUAUCAGCUUCUGCAUACUGUCCAAAACGAGUUUCUUAAAGAAAUGCAUGAACUUAAAAAAUUUGAAAAAACUAAAUUUAGAAGGAAAUAACAUUAACUCCAUUAAAUACUUAGAAAAUUUGUGUAACCUUAAACACUUAAAUUUAUCCAACAACAAAAUAUCCAAAGUUUGCUAUGACUCUUUCCCAAGGAGUCUGGAGAGUUUGAACGUGUCGAACAAUCUGAUCAGGAACUUGAGCCCGUUUUCGAUCCUGGAGAAUUUAGAAAUGCUUGAUCUCCGCGUUAAUCGAAUUGAUAAUAUUGAAGAAUUUAAAUAUUUGAAAAAUUUAAAUAAUUUAAAAACGUUAUAUUUGAAUGGAAAUAGGAAAAUAAAAGAGCAAUUUGUGAUAAUCAAAAAUAUGCUAAACCAAAUAGAAAAUUUUGAUGACAAAAUUAUGAAAGAGCAAAAUUCCACAACUCUACAACAGUCAGAGGAAAAAAAGGAACUUAACAGAAUUAAUAAAGAAACAAAUAAAACAAACUUCAUAGUCACGUAUCAGACGAGAAAUGAAAAUAAAUUCCACUCUAAAAACAAAGUUAAAACUGUAGGUCAUUAUUCUCCCUGUUUUUGUGUGUGCUUCUGGUGGUGUUUUCCCAAUGAGAAGAAGCUUUCAUUCUAUACAAAACUACAAGGGUUUGUGAAGAAGAAGGAUUCUUUUGCUGAACGAGUUAAAAUGGAUAGCUUCACUGUUAUAGGUAAGAAGGCCAACAGCAGUGGAAACAAUUAA